AUGGCGUCGCCUUUCCAGGUGAACUCCAACGCUUUGUUCCUCUGCGGCACCGCCGAGGGAGCCAUCGCGGUGGUGGACACCGUCACUGAUCUCAAUUCCGCUGCCUGCCCCUCCGAUCAGUGGAGCAUCGUCGCCGCCGCCGCAACCGAAACCUCCACCAUCACCUCCCCCAUCAGCCCUAAUGUACACAAUGCGCUAGAAAUAUUCGGCGCCGUAAUUGAGGGCGACAAGCUGAACAACUUGCGCGAAGAGCUCUUCGAUUCCCGAGUCUUGGUCAACCGCGACGGCUACCAGGUCAAGUACGUGGACAACCACAACACGCAGAGCGCAUCUGCUGCUGGACUUGUGAAGCUCAACGACGUGUUCGGAUGGGCCAGGUACGGCGUGAAACGGCCGACGGAAACAGAGGCGGCAGCCGUCCCCACCGUGUGGAACCGCUACGCUGUUGCCGGAGGGGAGGUGGUGGUUGAUUACAUGGCUAAGGAGGCAAGGCAGAAGGACAUGGCGGCGAGGCUGGAAAAACAAGGGAGGGAUUUGGAGGACAGUAAAAAGCUUGUGAAGGAGAAGGAAGGCGAGAUAGAACGGUUCAGGAAAGCUUUGGAAGAGAAGAACAGAGCAACUAAGGAGCAUAUCAAGAUUAUAAGGGAGAAAGAAGGCGAGAUCGAUCGUCUGAACAGAGCGAACGAGGGGAAUCGCAGAGUUAUAAGAGAGAAGGAAGCGGAGAUUGAAAGAGUUAGAAGGGAGAAGGACAUGGAGGUUGAGAAUUUGAAGUGGAGGAAAGAGCAGGAGAAGAAGAGAAUGGCUGAUGAGAAUAGCAGAGUUGUAGGGCAGAAGGAAGCCAAGAUUGAGGAGCAAAAGAGGGUUAUGAAGGACAAGGACAUGGAGAUUGAGAGGCUGAAGCUGAUGUUGCAGAAGAUGGAACAAGACAAGAAGAAGAAUGGUGAUAUGGUUAAGAAGGCUGAUGAGGGUUCGGUUGGGAGCAAGAAGAAGAAUGAUUUCAAUGCAGCUGGAUUCGUUUAUGAGUUGUUCUAG